AUGCCCCAGGCGACUCUUCUGUCGUACUUCUCGAAGCCGCCAUCAACCUCCGCGGUCGCGAACAGCGGCCGAGGCGCAAAUGGACAUCUUCGCCUUGAGGAAGCCUCUGAUGAUUCCUUGACCAAGACACAAAAUCAACCAAACGGUUCGAGAAUUGUAAGCUCGCUGAUCGAGCAGUCUUCUGCCCGCUGCACGCCCAAGCCGAGCUCUCCCGAGCCGGCUACUGUUGACGCCAAAGAAGACAACGUCAACGGCACAUCAUCCAACUCUGUGACCGACGCUUUCCUGGGAAAUACUGAAGGGUUCAGCGAUGCCGAAAAAUUCGCUCAAAUUGUGGUAGUUACACACCGGCCGGAGGCCGUCAUCACUCCCGUCCAGCAAAGCCACCUCCCAGCCAUUCAACGCCUGACGAGCACCACACUGCCAGUUCACUACAAUCAUUCAUUUUUCACAUCAACACUGACGGACCCAGUAGCAGCUCAGUUGUCCCGGGCCGUUCUCUAUCAUUCAGAGCCAGUGGGCUGGAUCAGAUGUCGACUGGAAUCCUGCUCGCCAACAAGCAACACGGAACUGAGCAAGACUGCGUUAUCCCAGAUCUAUAUCCAGGCUCUGGCCCUUCUAGCACCGUAUAGGAACUUAGGACUUGCCACCUAUCUAUUGGAUGCCGUCUUGUCAUCGCCUAUCGCCACAGGCCCAGAAACAGUCUGCAUCUAUGCUCAUGUAUGGGAAAGAAACGAGGAUGCGUUGGAUUGGUACGCCAAAAGAGGAUUCAAGCGUGUUAUGCUGGUCGAUAUGUACUACCGAAAACUCAGGCCUGGCGGGGCAUGGAUUGUAAGGAGAGAACUGGGUAGGCCUUGA